CUGGAAACACACAAAAAACAAUCACAUCACUAUCUGACUAAUUCUUAAUUAUCCUCUACUAAAUCCAAAAAUUAAUCUGUUUAUUUAUCUUUUUUUCAAUUUUAUCAAAAUUCACAAGCCUGGGUUUUAUAAUUAGCUCUCUCCCUGUUAUAUAUUUACAUAGACUGGGUUUCCUCCAUCUAUAUACUCAAGGCGAGUUUUAGUGUUCUUUCUCGCUCUAGCGAUCAUUGAUUUCGAUUUUAUUGUUUUUUGUUCAAUCUGGUUGAAAAAAGAUGAAGAAAGUUGGGUUUUUUAUACUCCUUCUCUGCUUAAACGCAGCGUCAUUUCUAGUGUCUGCUGAUCCACCGAUGACUUACCUAGGAAGAGCAUCAUGUCCUGCGGAUGAUGAGGGAGAGAAGGGCAGUGAUUCUGGUGAUUGGCAAGGAGAGUUCUUCCCUGAAAUCCCCCAGAUUAAGUAUGAGGGACCUUCGAGCAAGAACCCACUUGCUUACAGGUGGUAUAACGCAGAAGAGGAGAUUCUUGGGAAGAAAAUGAAGGACUGGUUUAGAUUCAGUGUAGCGUUUUGGCAUACUUUCCGUGGGACCGGAGGUGAUCCAUUUGGUGCGGCUACAAAGUAUUGGCCGUGGGAAGAUGGUACCAACUCUGAGUCUAACAAAAACUUGGAUGAAGUUAUUGAACUUGCCAAAGAACUUCAAAAGGGAAGCAAUAUUCGACCAUUGUGGGGAACAGCUCAGCUUUUCUUGCAUCCUCGUUACAUGCACGGAGGAGCAACCAGCUCCGAGGUUGAAGUAUAUGCUUACGCUGCUGCUCAGGUGAAGAAGGCCAUGGAGGUUACACAUUACUUGGGCGGUGAAAACUAUGUUUUCUGGGGUGGUCGUGAAGGUUAUCAGACGCUCUUGAACACUGAUAUGGGAAGAGAGCUUGAUCAUCUGGCCAGGUUCUUUGAAGCUGCUGUUGCCUACAAGAAGAAGAUUGGAUUUAACGGCACGCUUUUAAUCGAGCCCAAGCCUCAGGAACCCACCAAGCACCAGUAUGACUGGGAUGCUGCAACAGCUGCUAACUUCCUGAGGAAGUACGGACUUAUAGACGAGUUUAAGCUCAACAUCGAGUGUAACCACGCCACGCUUUCCGGGCACACCUGUCAUCACGAGCUUGAAACCGCAAGGCUUAAUGGUUUACUUGGGAACAUUGAUGCAAACACUGGCGAUGCUCAAACUGGAUGGGAUACAGAUCAGUUUCUUACAGAUGUUGGAGAAGCAACCAUGAUUAUGAUCAGUGUCAUCAGAAAUGGUGGGAUUGCUCCAGGAGGCUUCAACUUCGACGCCAAACUGCGAAGAGAGAGCACAGAUGUUGAAGACUUGUUCAUUGCUCAUAUUAGUGGAAUGGACACAAUCGCUCGUGGAUUGAGAAAUGCAGUCAAAAUCUUGGAGGAGGGAAGACUAAGCGAGUUGGUACGGAAGAGAUAUUCAAGUUGGGACACUGAGAUUGGGAAGCAAAUAGAAGAAGGAAAAGCUGACUUUGAGUAUCUUGAGAAGAAGGCUAAAGAGUUUGGAGAAUUAAAGGUUCCUUCCGCUAAACAGGAACUCGCUGAGAUGAUCUUCCAGUCAGCAAUGUUUUAGAAGAAGAAGAAGAAGAAGAAGAAGAAUGUUUUCUCUCUUAUCUUUGAGAAGUUUGAAAACUUAACAAAGAAAAAUAAAGUGAUAAAAAAAGGUUAAUUUAGUUUCAGGUUUAUGUACUUAGCUUUCCACACUCUUUUAAGUCUUUACCUCAAAUCAAAUAAGAAAAACUGUUUGGGCUUUACUUGAAUUCAAUGAAGGUUUCUGCGACAAAGCCCAAAGGCUUAUCCGUUCUAUUUUUAUCUAAAAAUAUAUUUGUGAUCCCUUCUUUUGUGAAUGACUAUACAAUAAAGUUUGUAUUUACCGUAAAUGCUUCUUUUAUUAGGAUAUUUUUUAAUAAGAAAUUUACAAAGAAGACACUUUACCAAAC